AGGAGAGGCUGAGAAAGGCAGCUCUAGGGGAUUUUCUUCCAGCAGCAGCAGCACAUGAUCCAUCAAUCGCGUGAUUCUCACCACCGAGGACUAAUGGGGAGGGUGAAGAAAAAGUGAAUGCUGACUUGGGGAAGCAACAGAAUUUUCUUCUGCUCCUGGGGCAGCUCCACCAGUCGGACCUUUCAUGGCUUCUCCAAGGUUAGAAACCUACUGCUGCCCAAACCGGGAUGCAGCUACACAGCUGGUGAUGAACUUCCAGCCUGAAGUCUUCUGUGGAGUCUGCAUUGGCAGUGCCUCCAUCAGCCUGCUACUGACCAUCCUGCAGCUCCUGCCAAAGAAGGGACAGAGCCCACGGAAGAUGCCCAAAGCCUCCUCCUCCUCCACUAUCCUUCUCCUUAUCUCCAUUUGUGACAUCCUUGGAGGCUUAGGUAUAAUCUUCAGGUCAAGUGUGUGGCUGGGCUUCCCAGGCUUCAUAGCUAACAUUUCUGUGGUGAACAAGACUGACGUGUGGCCUUCCACGUUCUGUGUGGGGAGCGCGAUGUGGAUCCAGCUGUUAUAUAGCGCUGGCUUCUGGUGGUUGUUUUGCUAUGCUGUUGAUUCUUACUUGGUGGUGAGAAGAUCAGCUGGACUGAGUACAAUUGUGCUGUACCACAUGAUGACGUGGGGCCUCGCAGUGAUGCUCUGUGUGGAGGGGAUUGCCCUGCUCUACUACCCUUCUCUCUCCAGCUGUGAAAAUGGCUUGGAACAUGCAAUCCCACAUUACAUCACAACCUAUGCCCCACUCCUGCUAGUGCUUGUGGCCAACCCAAUCCUGUUUAGGAGGACAGUAUCAGCAGUUGCCUCCUUACUGAAAGGGAGACAAGGGAUUUACACAGAGAAUGAAAGACGUCUGGGGACAGAGAUCCAGAUGCGCUUCUUCAAAAUUAUGCUGGUAUUUGUUAUUUGCUGGUCAUCCAAUAUCAUCAACGAGACCCUUUUGUUCUAUCUCGAAAUGCAGCCAGAUAUCAAUGAAAUACCCCUGAAAAACAUCAGAAGUGCUGCACUGAUCACCUGGAUUAUAAUGGGGGUUCUUAAUCCCAUGCAGGGCUUUCUCUUCACAUUAGCUUUCUAUGGCUGGACAGGAUGGAGAGUGGACCUGAAAUGGCGAAAAAGAGAAAUACCCUGGGAAUCUUUGUCCUCAUCAACUGUGGGGGAAAAUGCCUAUCCCUCACCAGUGAACUACCAAAGCAACAUCCAUGAUUCCAAGAAGAUCUCCACAGCUGACAGCCAGCAGACUGACGAGGCCAUAAGCAUGUUGUCUGAAGGUAACACCAGCAGUGACGAGAGAUUAACCAGAAGCUCUCCCAUCUACCAGGGCUGGUAGUUUUAAUGUGCAGAGCUGGAUCUAACUUUUCCUGGAUCUAACUUUUCACAUUGUCAGUACUCACAAAACCACGUCAAUGUGUGAAUCAUUGUGUACUCUGGAAUUAGGUUUGUGCUCAGUGGCUUGAUGUAAUUUCCUGUAACUUGUGACACUGUGUGAGAGAGCGUGUGAGACAGAGAUAUGGUUUAUGUCUUCAUUUGCCUUCUAGAAGACAUGUGAGAAGGUAUAAACCUUUUUCAGCAAGAAUAUAUCUCUGCAAAGAUAUUUGUUACUUAUGAUUAAUUUUCAUUCAUUUU